CCAUGUAUGUUGAUUUCAUGGCCAUUCCAAUGUCAAUCACAUAGCCGAAAGCACCGCCAUCUCGCCCAUCGACCUCGUGAAACCCUCGGCCUUUACGUCAUCGCAGCAACCACCAAGACCGGCGAAAAAAGUGUUUCCAUGCACACCCUCUAGUACAGUUAUCCAUCAAGGUGACUCCAUUCGCAGCACAUCUAGCACUCGAGGAUUAUCAUUGGCCAAAAUGUCAAACACGAUUACCGGCGGCUGCAAUUGCGGCCGCUACACUUAUACCAUUCCCAAGCCAGAUGGCAUGAACCUAUGCCACUGCAUCGACUGCCGCAAAUGGGCGGGAGCAAUGCACUCCGCCCACCUCUUCGUCAAAACAGCAGACAUAACCCAGCACGCCGCCGCCUCCACCCCUGCGCCCCGGACACACAGCAUGCAAGGGGAAAGCGGCAACACCAUUACGCGCGCCUGGUGCGAUGAGUGCGGGUGCGGGUUGUGGAUUAAGCCUUCUACCAAACCGGAUAUGACGUGUUUGAAGGGCGGGCUCUUCCGACCGCACGAGAUUCCUAACCCGACGAUGGAGAAUUGGCUGAGGAAUAAGGAGCCUUGGGAGACGCCGGCCAAGGGCACGCAGCGGACGUCAGACGUGCAGUAGAGAGGUCGAUGUGUACCAAUCGAAUCUACGAAAUGCGGAUAGAAUUGAAAGUCCCGGGAAUCCCAGCCUAGGUCCAUCCCAAACGCCGCCGCUAGACAAAUGUGCAAUUCUUUUUUGGGCCGCCCGCGUGUAUACUUCCUCCUCACUUCCUCCCCACCCCUCGACUAGCACUCCC